AGCAAGUGAAACGUAUCGUUCAUUAUACUCUACUCAACCAUCUCAAAUCGUCAAAUAUUCCCACAACACAAAUAUAACGUCGUUAGUACACAUUCUAUAUAUUAAACCAUACAAAAGACGUAAGAAUUAAGAAGAAUUUCGUUAACAACAAAAACAAUGAAGCUCUCUCAAGUCUUCUUCCCCAUCUUCUUAUUCUUCCUUGUGUCACAAGCAAAAUCAACAACCGAUAUGAUUUCGCAAACCUGCAAAUCUUGUGCAGCCAAAUCCAAGAUCUUCGACUACAAUUUCUGCGUCUCCUCUCUCAACAACUCUCCGAUAUCUCUUCCUUCUCCGACCAAUCUCUCUUCUUUAGCCCUAGUUCCAAUGCUCCAAGCUCUCGACAACGCCACCGCAACGGCUUCCACCAUUCAGCAGCUUCUGAUUCUUGACGACGACGGUGGUCUCCGCGGUGCUUGCCUCCGUGACUGCCUUGAGCUUUACGAGGACGCUACGGAUAGGUUGGAGGAGGCAGUUAGGGUUUUUAUAACGAGGAUUGAGUUGGGGACGGUGAACGUGAUGGUGAGCGCCGCCAUGGAAUCUGCUGUCACGUGUGAGAACGGGUUUAGAGAAAGAGACGACGGUGAUGAUGAUGGUGAUGGUGAUGGUGGUGGUGGUGGUGAGAUGACCUGGACGUCUCCUGUUGGUGGUGAGAAUCACAAAUUGUUUGAAUUUGGUCAGAUUGCUCUUUGUAUAAUCAAUAUGAUGUCUGCUUCUGUCACAACAUCUGUAUCUCUCUAAAUCGUUUUCAAUUUGUUUGAAUAAAUGAUAAUAGCAUGGAUGGUGAGGACAUUUU